AUGCAUCCCUUUCUUCUCCGGCAGCUCCUUAUACUCUUGUUACUGCCAUUUAGCCGGAAAAUGUAUACACGCGCCGCCGUGGGCAAAUGGGACCUCCUCCGACACAACAUUGGCAUAUCUGCCAUGCACAUGCAACUCCUCAACAACGAUAAAGUAAUUAUCUUCGAUCGGACAGAUUUUGGGCCCUCAAACAUUUCAUUACCCAAUGGGAAGUGCAGGAACGAUCCAAACGACGCCGUUUUCCAAAAUGACUGCACCGCCCAUUCUGUCGAAUACGACGUCGCUCUGAACUCGAUCCGCCCUCUCAUGGUGCUCACCGACGUCUGGUGCUCCGCCGCUGCCGUCAUGCCCAAUGGCGUUUUGGUACAAACUGGUGGCUUCAACGAUGGCGAACGUACCGUUAGAAUUUAUAAACCUUGUAAUGAUGAUUCUUGUGAUUGGCAGGAAAUCAAAAAUGGACUCGCUCAGAGAAGAUGGUACGCCACUAAUCAUAUUUUGCCGGACGGCCGGCAAAUUAUAAUCGGCGGACGACGGCAGUUCAAUUAUGAAUUUUAUCCUAAAAAAUCUUCGGCGGAGAAAGCCUAUAAUUUGCCGUUCCUGGUGCAGACGACUGAUCCAAAAAGUGAAAACAAUUUGUAUCCAUUUGCGUUUCUCAAUGUGGAUGGAAAUUUGUUUCUUUUCGCGAAUAAUCGAGCUAUAUUGUUCGAUUACAUGAAGGGGGUGGUGGUGAGAACUUACCCCGCCGUGCCUGGUGGCGAUCCACGGAGUUACCCUAGUACAGGUUCUGCAGUUUUGCUUCCAUUGAAGAAUUUAGGAGGAGGACCUAUUGAUGCUGACGUGUUGGUGUGUGGUGGUGCACCAAAGGGAGCACAUAUUAAUGCCCAAAAUGGUAAUUUUGUUAGGGCCCUCAAUACGUGCGGAAGAAUUCGUAUAACCGACCCUAAUCCCGUAUGGGCAAUGGAGACAAUGCCUCUAGCUAGGGUCAUGGGUGACAUGGUAUUACUUCCUAACGGUAAUGUCUUGAUCAUCAAUGGAGCAUCUAAGGGUACAGCAGGAUGGGAAUUGGGUCGAGAUCCGGUCCUGUCACCAGUUAUUUAUCGACCUGAGAAUCCCACUGGGUCAAGAUUCGAGGUUCAAAACCCGAGCACCAAACCUAGGAUGUAUCACUCCGCCGCAAUUUUGCUUCGUGAUGGUCGGGUACUCGUUGGUGGUAACAAUCCUCAUACUUAUUACAAUUUUACUGGAGUAUCUUUUCCUACAGAUUUAACAUUGGAAGCAUUUUCACCAUCAUAUUUGAAUCCCAACUCCACGAAUAUGCGUCCACAAAUAGUUUCACCCAUUUCAUGGACCACAAUUGAGUAUCAACAAUUACUCGUUGUUCAAUUUACUAUUUCGGGCAUGCUAAAUAAAGAUUUGGUCGAAGUAACUAUGGUUGCACCCUCAUUUACAACACACUCAUUUGCAAUGAACCAACGGCUACUUGUGCUCUUCGGGAAUGUGACAGUUGUGGGAAAAUCCUCGUACCAAGUUGCGGUUAUGACACCAGAUUCAGUUAAUCUUGCACUACGCGGAUACUAUCUCUUAUUUGUGGUUCAUCAAGAUAUUCCGAGUGAAGGUAUUUGGGUCCAAAUCAAGUAA